GUGACUUUACCGAAAAAAACUAAGAAUAUGAUGUCCAGUAUGUGAAGAUAUGCUGCUGAAAUUACGCCCUCCCAGAAGGUCGUGUGGUUGAUGAGACGUCAGAUAUGUGGAGGCGAAAUGUCUCGUUAUUUGUGUUGCUUGUACACGCUAUAACGACGCGAAUGAAUAUGUAUACAGUAUGUCUAUGUAUUGAUGCAGUAUUAAUGCUCAUAACGUUAUUAACAUUUAACCAAUCCCCUGCUCAUCAACACGACCGCCGGGAGGGCGGUGACGUAGUGUCGUUGAUAGGUGACGUCAGCUUAGCAACGCGUCGUCUCCAUGGCAACACUUCGCGCAGCAGCAGCCACCAACGGCCAUGACUGAUAUGGACAGCACAGAGCUGCGCUGCGUUACUCUGCGUCGUGAUCUCACAGAGCUGCAGGGCCUCCUCAUCUCUGUCGCAUCAAGAACCGGUGUCCACACCUGCCCGUCUUGGCGCUACCCCGACCGCCCGGCUUGGCACCUCGACCUACCCGCGCUGCUGCAGCAGGAGUUGGAGGUGGAGGAGCAAAAUCAGGAUGGCACCCGUGAGCUCACAUUGCUACUGGAGCUCAUUGUGGACAGGUGUGGACAUUGGGUGGAGGCUGUUGUGUUAGGGCUGGUACUGCUGCUACUGACAGUGGAGAGGUUUGUGUCGGGAGCAUCCGAAUGGUGGAGGGGGGGGGUCGCUCCCCCAGACAGAGACAUCAAUGGCUCCUCUGUGUCCGUUAGCCUGGCUGCACGCUGGCUGUGGGAGCGUCUGAUCACAAGCUACGGCCGUCAGGAAGCUCCCGAGCAGGAUCUGCAGAAGGGUAUUAAGAAAGACAUGGGAGCUCAGGAUGCGACAACACAGACCGGAUCCUGGACUGGAUCCCUCUGUUCUAGUUGUAUGUCUACACAGACCGGCAUGAGAGUGGUCUGUGAUGCCGUCAUGAAGCUCUGCCAGAGUCAGCAACUGCCAUCCUGCCUCUCUCAGCUGCGGAGCGAUGUGGGCCAGGGGCCCGGCCACCCAACAGACACCUCUCGCUGGGCGGCCAACAUGGCCAGGGACCUUACCCGUGUGAUGCGACACAUGGAGCGCUUGGAAGGGGAGGUGGUGCCACUCAAGGCCGAGUUGGAGCAAGAGAAGCAACAAGCUGCUGACAUUGCUGCCUCCCUGAGAAACGCAAAGGCCGAAUUGAAUUCCACAGUGCGGCGACUGCAGAGCGAUCAUGAGAGAACAGUGCAGGCGAUGGACAAGGAGAGGCUGGAAGUCAUCCGAGAAAAAGUCAAGUGUGAAGAAGUCAUCCAACAACAUCAAGAAACAGUCAGAUGCCACAUGUCCACAGUGUCAAACCUUGAGUUGAAACUAAGGGCUUCUGAGACUCAGAGCAGAGCCCGCAUUCAGGAAAUGGAGAAAGCGCUCGAAGGGGAGAUUUUACGAGCGAGGAAGGCAAAGAAGGAUCUGGAGGGGGCGUGGGAGAGAGUGCGAGACACAAAAGCUCAGGCCGCGAGCCAGACUGCUUUGGCAAACAACUUGCAGAAGCAUGUACAGGCGGUGCUGGGGAAGCAGGCGUCACUGUGCGAUCGAGUUGCACAGCUAGACACGGAGUGUGAGCAGUUAAGGGAGGAUCUGGGAAUGAGCGAGGAGAAGCGCGAGGGGCUCGUCAGCGAGGCCGCCUUCUCCGCCAAGGCCUGCGCCGACCUCAGGGAGCAGCUCCACUCUGCCAUCGAACUAGCAAGGCAAGAGGAGAAGCGGAGGGAGGAGGCGGAAGAGGCUAUUAUGGACCGGGAGCGUGCUCUGAGUGCCCUGCAGGAGCAACAGCGUCUACUCAUCUGCCACCCAGAGCUGCAUACGCCCACAGAGCUGAUUCCCGAGUACUCUGGGGAUGUGCUGGGUGACAUGGAGAGGCACAUCCAAGCGAAUACCACACGGGUUCGGAUUCUACAGAGCGAGAAUUCCCGCCUCUCCGCUGCCAUUCACAAGCUCCGACAGAGACUCCCAAAGCCCACCGGCAGAGUAGGAGGCACGUAAAGGGUGGCUCUGUGGGAUAAUUGUGGUGUCAGAGAAAUCAAAAAGGCAUUUUUGACAUGCUAGUUACAAAUCCUAGAUCUGACUCUCUUUUAGAGGGGGUAUAAUGGCUCUGUGAGAGACAUGGAGCCAGAACCAUUGAAAAUUUGGGUUUGAAUAUGAGUUUCAGGCAUUAAAAAUAUAAUCGGAUUCUCAAGUGUACAGUGUUUGGUCUCAGCUUGGUCACCAAUGGCUACAAUAUUUCAGUUCUGAGGACUAAACAUUUAUAUUAUAUUGACAUGAGAUGGACGCUCUUAAGAAGUGUAUAUACAAGGUGUAACCCUUGUGUGGUUAACAGCCUACUGAAAUCAAUUCACUCAUGGAUGAUAGGAAGCCGUCGCAUAAAGCAGGAUGGGAAAAACCAGGGAUAAUCAUGGAUAGCAGGAAGAAUAUGGCCACAGACCCUAUGUGUCAUGCGGAUAUUAGCAGCCGUGGGUAAUAAGGGUCGUGGAUCGAUGAGGUAGAGUUCAGCAUGUAUUCAAGUAGGGCUAAGGGUAGGUUCGGGCUAGGGAAAAGUUAGGGCAUUUGUUAAUAAGUUACGUCACCUUUGCAACAGCAGUGUCUGGCUGGAAGCGAUCGAAGGUGAGGUGUGGUUCCAUUGGCCAUUAUGACCCUGUGAAAAUUAUUUUCAGCAAUUGCAUUUUGUGAUCUUUUUUUUAUGGUGAAGCGGUGAUGCAAUAUUAACAUGCUACACUAUGAACCUGACCACUGAGUUGGUACCUGGCCAUAGCUAACAUCAGUGGCUAGUGAUAUCUGGACUGGUCCUGGCCCCCUCCAUCCCCUUCAACAAUUCACUUCGACCAUGGUUUAUCACGCUUGUCAAACGAUACCUCCGACCGACACAGCGUAAGGAGACCUUUAUUCAGCAGUGGAAAUGAGAAAUAGCUGUAAAUAAUUAAUCGUAAUUGGUUUACAUAUGUUAUUCAAUAGGCUUAGCAUGAGAGUGUUAAUUCUGCAAUUGCAUGGGAUUUUUUUUACGAAUUUAUUUUGUUAUCUAUUAAUGUUUUAUUUAUAUACUAGCAGGAAGUACCCAGCGUUGCUCGGGGGAAAAAUAUAUUUCAAAACUUGUCUUCUCUUAAAAACAUAAC